AACCCCUCUUGAACGAGAAAAAAUUAAUAAUGAAAUAAAACUUGUCUUCUUCACCAUUUUCAUUUCAACAGAAUCAUCGUUUCGGUGUUCUGGAUUUUGUCUGGUUCUCUCUGUUUCUGGUUUUAAUUUUUCUCUUUUCUGGAAAUUUUAGCUCGAGAAUGGAGAACAUCGAUGAGGAGUAUACAAACUGGUGGGAGACCAAGAGGUUUUAUCAGAAUGAAGAAUUUGAAUAUGACAGCGCGUGGGGUAUGGACGUGCCGCUUUCCAUGUACUACGAUUCGAGUUCGCCGGACGGAGGAGCAUCGACGGCUGCGUCGAAAAAUAUAGUCUCAGAGCGCAACCGGAGAAACAAGCUCAGGGACAGACUCUUCGCUCUGCGAUCCGUUGUCCCCAAUAUCAGCAAGAUGGAUAAGGCGUCGAUUAUUAAAGACGCCAUUGAUUACAUCCAAGAGUUGCACGAACAAGAGAGGAGAAUCCAAACAGAGAUAAUGGAGCUUGAAACUGGAAAAUUGAAGAGGAACAAUAAUCCUGGUUUCGAUUACGAGCAAGAUCUGCCUGUAUUAUUGAGACCUAAAAAAAUCAAGCAUCAAUUCUAUGACUGUGGCGGGUCAAAAGCUUCUCCUAUCGAAAACCUAGAGCUGAAAGUGAUGUUCAUGGCGGAGAAGACGGCAGUAGUGAGCUUGACAUGUAGCAGAAAAACAGAUACGAUGGUGAAAUUAUGCGAGGCCUUUGAAUCAUUGAAGCUGAAGAUCAUCACCGCUAAUAUAGUGGCUUUCUCCGGCCUGCUAUCCAAGACUGUCUUCAUCGAGGCAGAAGAAGAAGAGAGAGAGCACCUGAGGAUAAAAAUAGAAACUGCCAUUGCGGCUCUCAACGAUCCACAAAGUCCCAUGAGCACUCAGUAAUUAACACUACAGAAGCCGAGGAAAAAAUAAAGGAAGAAAAAGAAGAAACAAAUUUCAAUUUCACCUUUCAAUGAUCUAGUGCAGUUGUUGUCACCACAAAUCUGGUAUUUCCUUAACUAAAUCUUUGAAGCUGAGCUUGAAGAACAAGACCCAUCCUACAAAAAUAAAGUCCAAUCUUCAGUAAGUUUCCCCCUUGGUUUUAUUAGCCUCUCUUUGUUUGUCUGCUGCUGCUGCUGCUUUACUCUUUUUAUUGUUUUGAUCUCUAUGAAGAGUCUGCUUUGUUUUCUGGGAAAAUGUUCACAUAGGGAAUGUGUAACAUCUCUCAGUUUUUUCUCAUGUACCACAAUUUGCUCUUCAAAGCCUGUUCCUCAUUAUAAUAAAGGCAAUUCUAUGAUUUGCUUGCCAAA